AUGCGCAUAGUCCGCUUGAAUGGUGAUCUGCUGCUGAAGGCAGUUAACGAGAUCGUGAAGGUUACAGAGCAUCAAGGCGUCCCAUGGGCCAGAUUUACGGAACUGAACCGAAUACUCAAAGGCUUUCGCCCUAAUGAGAUGACCGUAUUGUCUGGUCACACAGGGGUCGGAAAAACCACAUUCCUUUGUGAAUACUCACUGGAUCUUGCGGAACAAGGCGUGGCCACUCUGUGGGGAAGCUUCGAAAUGCCAUUGCGGAAGAUUUGCCGAACCCUUAUACACCAAUACGCAGGAGAAAAUCUCUCCAUCGCCUCACCUUUGCGCGUGGCCCAGUGGGCUUCCAUGUUCAGCGAGUCAGUCCCCAUGUGCUUCAUGAAUUAUCACGGAUCACAACCAGAGACUGAAGUGUUCAAAGCCAUGGAAGAAGGUAUACACAAUUUCGGAGUCGAGCACAUCUUGAUCGAUAACUUGCAAUUCCUUUUGGGAGCCGGUGGAUACCAGUUUGAGGAAAGGUUCCAUCGACAAGAUCGUUUUGUGCAGAAACUCCGAAACUUCGCCAGUCAGAACAAAGUUCAUCUGACCAUUGAAGAUUCUGAUCGCAAAUUAACCAUAUCCAGUCUUUAUGGUGGUGGAAAGCUGAGUCAAGAAGCCGAUAACAUACUACUCAUUCAAACGGAAACUGAAACGGCCUAUCCAAAGAAAUACCUGCAGGUCUGUGGUUCGAACCCGACCUCUGCCUCUCGACUUCCCCUGUCUAGGCUUGGGAAACGUGGCAGUAUCCCAGCCCUCGUGCUUCCUUCGGAUGGCAUGGCAGCUAGUCAUCGAACAGGUAAUGACAAACGAUCAGUUGUCAAAAAUCGUUAUGAUGGAACCAUGGGCAGUCUGGAUCUGUUGUUUCACAAAGAUCGUCUCUCCUUUCGACCGCGAGCCAAGGAACUCGUAGUCCAGGCGACCGCGCAUGACAUAUUUUCCGUAUUCACGGGGCUUACGGGGAUCGCCAUCAUCGACAGCAAAACGUCAGUGUUCAAUAUUGACGCUUCGAUGCCGUACAACCAUAAUUUAUUUGAAAGCCUUAUUAAUAAAAGUGGACAGGGGCGGGUCUUAGUGCUACCUUACUACAAUCAUUCCAAGGGGGUUGCACCUCCAGACGCUGAAGAGAAACUGCCAGCAAGAACGCCAUUGAAAUCAUUUAACAGCAGCAUCUCCAAUCACGCAGACCCCGUCCUGAAAGGCGAGUCGUACAGACGGCACGCAGACUUUUCCGUAAAAAAUCGUCCAGCUGUAGCAACCUUUCGGUGCGUAGCUGCCAAAGGAAGUACGAGGGCUGGGAUACUACCAGGUGACCCAAGCCUAGACAGGGGAAGUCGAGAUGCAGAGGUCGAGUUCGAACCACGGACCUUCCGGUCAGCAAAUCCGCUCUCUAACCACUUGCAUGAUAUCAGUGCUCAACACCAAUGCUUCACUGCCGUACAGCCAUGA